AUGUCGGACGGUUUCAAGCCUUGUCGCACCUGCAAGCAGCUGAAACCGCUCAACGAGUUCUUCCACCGCACUCGUACUACGCAGGUAGUGCGCUCGUGUCUCGCCUGCCGCCCUGCUCGACCAUUGGCACCACCGGCCUCAUCAUCGACGCCUUCUGCACCGUCGCCAGCACCUCUUGUUCUGCCGCCGUCAACACCAGCACCUCUUGUUCUGCCGCUGUCGACACCAGCUCCAGGUCGUAACACAACACCUUCGCCGGCAGCUGCUGCUCUUCCGUCGCCACCAUCCCUACCCCCUCCUCCCACUCUCCCGACACCAGUUCCUUCCGUUACGCCGGCCUUCGUUACAGACAUUGUCGAGACCAGGGUCAGCGAGCUGCGUCAGCUGCUGCAGGACGACCUCCACCACGCCGUCCAAGGCUUGAAGGCCGCCAUCCAGGCUGCUGUUAACCCCUCGACCCCGGCGACCCCACCAGCCCCCUCCCCUCAAGUUGGCGCCGCCGCCGCCCCCCGUCCACCACCAGCCCUUUCAGCCCCUCCCGGUGAGUACCAGACCGGCUGCCGUUACACGUGGAUCCCUCCCGAGAUUGUCGACAAGGUCCACAAUGACACCAUCACCGUUUACGAGCUGCCAAAGCUCGCCAACCCAGCUUGGCCCGGUACUGUUGCCGACGAGGAGCCAGCAGACGUCUUCAUCGACGGCUUCAAGCUCAGCAAGCGGUCUGGCCCAUCGACAUCCAACAAAGGUUUCCUCCGAGCCAUCCCAUCGUUCGACGCCUUCACCAAGCUCUGGUUCAUAUACACGUCGCUGCGCGCCGCCAGUUCGCCGGACCGCGACUUGCCAAUCGGCCUCGGCCGCUUCUACCUGCACAUUGCAGAGCAGCAGGCCGUCUACCCGUGGGAGCGUGUCGUCGACUAUAUCGUCACAAUCUGCACUGCUCGGCUGGGACGAGCAUCAGCAGCCGAGUGGGCGCACUACGACAGUGAGCUCAACAACUCACACUUCCUCGGUGUCCCCACCAAGCAGCCUUCCCGAUCAGCUGCGUCCACGUCAUCCAAGCGGUCACGCGUUGACGACGACCCACGUCGCCUGGAGGUCUGUACGUCCUGGAACAAUGGCAGGUGUGUCGGCACCACCGAGCGACCUUGCGUGCGCCGGCACAUCUGUCGCUCCUGCAGUGGCAAGCACAUGGGCAAGGAUUGCCCACACCAUCUCAACGUCGACACCACCACCGCCACCACCGCCUCCAACACCACCGGCACCAAUGCCAAAGCUCUCAAUGGCACCCCCCGACUCCGGAUUGACGCUACCGCCUCCGGUAUGCCGUCGCCUUCCACAGCAGUCGACACCCCCCAGUCCCGUGACGGCGCAGCCUGGCCUCCAGCGUGUGCAAUGUCACAAAGCGGCUCCACCCGAUCCCGGCCGGACACAGUGACAUUCAGCAUGUCCCGUCUGCCCACAGCGCCUGCCCGUCAGCGUGCGCGUCGCCACAAAGCGGCUUCCUCCUGCCCUGUGACCAUGCAGCCUGCCCCGGCUCCUCUUCAGUCCACUGCGGCAGGCACGUCAGCAGACCCCUUGCUAGUCCCGUCGGCUGACCUCUCCCUCGUCUCCCUCUCGGCUCUCCAGUCUUUCCGCCCACCCGCUCGCCCCAACACCACCAUGGCAUCUAUCAGCGCUUGGGGGGUGGCUUUAGCCGACUACCCCGACAAAGCCUUUGUCGACCAGCUCCUUGGUGCCAUCCAGCACAGCAUCCUGAUCGGUUACACCGGGCCUCUUCGACAUGGCAGCCGCUUCAGCAACAUCAAGAACCUGCCCAUGGAUGCUGUCGGCGCAGCACACGGACUGUACCGAAGCCACGCAGCUGGCCAGCUCCCUGCCGUCAAUGAUGGCAUCGCCACCCACUUCACGGCCAUCCGCUAUGCCACCCUGGCGUCCAUCCUGUCGUUUGUACGGGACAACCCUGGCUGUCGCCUAUGGAAGAGCGACCUGACCAAUGCCUUUCGACAUGUUGUCACGGCACUCGACGAUGCCCGUCUCCUUGGCCUUACCUUUGAUGGCCUCUUCUACAUGGAGACAGGACUCACCUUUGGUGGGCGCAGCGCGCCGUGGCUUUUCAAUCUCUUCGCGGAGGCGCUUCACUGGGUCGUCCAGUUGACCACGUCCCACCCGGUCAAGCACUACCUGGACGAUUUCUUUGGUGCCACGCCGUCCACUGCCACUGCCGACCUCCCUCUCCACGCACUCGCACUGGCCUGUCAUGCCUUUGGCCUCCAACUCGCCCCCUCCAAAACGUCGUGGAACCAGACGCGCUUGGAGAUCCUGGGCAUAGAGGUCGACACCAUACGACAAACGGUCGGUAUCACGGUCGAACGGCGCCAACGCAUCCUGGACGCCAUCGACCACCUCCUGUCACGUCGGUCGGCGCAUCUACUGGACUGGCAACGCAUUGCUGGGCUCCUACAGUUCGUCAUGCAGGUCGUCCCCCAUGGCAAGGCCUUCCUGCGACGCCUCUACGACGCCUCCAAGGCCGCUCACCGCCAUCCCCUCACCCUUCGUCGCAUCUCUCGACCAGCAGUGGCCGAGCUGCGAUGGUGGCGAUCAACACUUCUCGCCUGGCCCGGCCACUCUCUCCUGCAGCUGUCACCACUUGUCGUCGAGCACAUCUGGACAGACGCCUCCAAACGUGGCUACGGCGCACAUUGGGGCCUCAUGGACUCGCCGUCGGCCGUGUGGUGUAAGGAAGUGUCCAAAUGGCACAGGCAAAAGGACAUCCGCUUCCACGAGGCCUUGGCAGUCCUUGACACCCUUAGGGUCUUCUCGGCGCACUGGGACGGGCCCCGCAUGGUUGUCCUCCAUGUCGACAACACCAAUGUCGAGCAUGGCCUUCGUUCCGGCCGGUCUCGGGAUCCACUGACACAGACGCUCCUGUGCGAGAUUGUUGGCCUCUCGUUUUCCCGGGGCUCACACCCUCCUCUUUCUGGCCAGACGAGACACGCCCCUCCCCCUUCCUUUGUCGCCGCCACUGGCUGCUCAACUCUCGCCGCCACCUUCAUCUGGCGCGGCCUCGCAGAGUCCAGCCGUCGACGCAGCUCUGGCGUCCCCGGUCGCUACGCCGCCUUUGUCGCCCGUCGCUUUGGUUACAACGUCGCCGCCUACCCAGCGACCGACCUGCUCCUCACGGAAUGGGUCAGUGACAUGGCCCAGUCGAAGCCGUACCACAGCAUCAAGCACGAGCUCGACGCUCUCAGGUCGUGGCAUGUUGACCUCGGUCUCAGCCUUGACGGCUUCUCCCAAGGCCGACUCGAGCGCGUGGUCCGCAGCAUCAAACGGUCACUUGGACUCCGGCCGGCCACGCCCAAGUUACCGAUCACCCUUCCCCUCCUGCACGCCAUCUUGGAAGCCCUCCCGCGGUCGUCUUCCCUCAGCGCCUGGGACCGGCAGGUCGUCGCCACCGCCUUCACCAUCUCCUUUGCCUGCUUCCUCCGCUGUGGGGAGGUCACAUGGGACGCCGCCAAUCCCACCAGCCUCCUCGUGGGAUCGAUCACGUGGCAUGAUGACUAUGCCAUCCUCCUCCUCCCAGCCUCCAAGACGGACCCUUUCCGCCUUGGCGCCCCCUUGGUCGUCCCUCGUGUGGGCGGCAUCGAGUGCCCCUAUGCGGCGCUUCGCCUCAUCUGCCCACCAGAGCGACAUGCCUCUGUGCCUCUCUUCGGGCUCCAGGACGGCCAUCGUCCUCUCACACGGUCGACUUUUCUCCACCACCUGCGGCUAGCCAUCUCUCACCUCGGCCUUGACACGAGGCAGUACGCUGGCCACUCUUUCCGCCAGGGUGCGGCGACGUGGGCGGCAGCACAGGGUGUUGCCGCCGACACCAUCAAGCUACUGGGUCGAUGGACCUCCGACUGCUACAGGCGCUAUGUCGACCGUACCGCCACCGAGCGCCGGACUAUGGUCGCCUCGGCUCUCUACAGCGUCUGA